ACAAUGACCGAUAGACCCUCCAGAGUCGAGCUCAUUCCUUGGGACUACGAGUCCCCCGAGCACAUCGAGCGCAUGUACCUCCAGAGGCUGGACUGCGGCUGGAGGAGCGAGGAAGUCCGCGAGAAAUGGACCAAACUCGGACGAGACGGCCAAAAGACCCUGUACUGGGUUGAAUCCCAACCCAUCCACGACACCGCCCCAACCCACUGGCACCUACCACGCACACCCACCAACCACCCCUUCCACCCCAUCGGCCACAUAGCCCUAGACCUACGCCCCGACCAAGACCGCCAGCUCGGCCUCUCAUCCUCCUCCUCGUCCUCCACCGACGGCGACACUAUCGUCUGGGUCGCCGGCCUGUACGUGUCCCACACCCUGCAGGCCGGAGGCUUCGGACGAGAGGUCAUGCAUCUCGCCGAGACCAUAGCCGCGCAGCCCCCGCUAAACGGCAGAUGGGUCGUGCUCGACACCAUGUCCCGCGAGCAGCAGCUGUCGAGCACCUUUGUGAAGAGGAUAUACCUGGCGCAGGGGAAGCCGGCGCCGACGGUGGCGAUCCAGGACUGGUAUGAGAGGCAGGGGUAUGAGGUGUUU